AGGGUGUUAAAACUAGUUGAACUAUAUCACUAUAUCUUGAUCUCAUUUCCACUGACAAAAACCGACACUAUCUUCCGAUUGAUCUUAACUCAACACCACCGACUCCAUUACCAGAACCUGUUUUACAAACAGUAACUGAUACUAUGGCAAGAGUAGUGACGGUGGCGCAGGACGGAGCCGGCGACUACCGGACGGUGCAAGAAGCAAUCGACGACGUACCACUCGGCAACAAUUGCCGGACUGUGAUUCGUGUAUCUCCGGGGAUCUACAAACAGCCUAUUUACGUCGCCAAGACUAAAAACUUCAUCACUCUCGCCGGAUUAAGCCGUGAGAUCACUGUCAUCACUUGGGAUAACACCGCCAACAAAAUCGAUCACCACCAGGCAUCGCGAUUGAUAGGAACAGGAACAUUCGGAUGUGGGACUGUAAUUGUUGAAGGAGAAGAUUUCAUUAGUGAAAAUAUCACAUUUGAAAAUUCUGCUCCUGAGGGUUCAGGCCAAGCAGUGGCUAUCAGAGUAACAGCCGAUCGUUGUGCUUUCUAUAAUUGCAGGUUUCUUGGGUGGCAGGAUACUCUUUAUUUACACUAUGGAAAGCAAUAUUUAAAAGAUUGUUACAUUGAAGGAAGUGUGGACUUCAUUUUUGGAAAUAGCACUGCGUUAAUGGAGAAUUGUCACAUUCACUGCAAAUCAGGUGGCUAUAUAACUGCACAAAGUAGAAAAUCUUGUCAAGAGUCCACAGGUUAUGUGUUUUUAAGAUGUGUGAUAACGGGGAAUGGAGGGGCAGCAUAUGCGUAUCUCGGGCGGCCAUGGGGGCCAUUCGGGCGGGUAGUUUAUGCAUACACGUACAUGGAUGCAUGCGUAAAGCAUGAUGGUUGGCAUAAUUGGGGGAAACCCGAAAAUGAAAGAAGUGCUUGUUUUUAUGAGUAUAGAUGUUAUGGGCCGGGAAGUAGUCCAGAAAACCGUGUAACAUGGGCUAGAGAAUUGAUGGAGGAGGAAGCCCAAGAGUUUCUGAUGCAUUCUUUUAUCGACCCAACUCCUGAGAGGCCUUGGCUCGCACAAAAAAUGGCACUUCGGAUACCUUAUUCUGCUUAGUUGUUUUUUUUUUUUAGUUGUAACAAUAGUUUUGAUGCAUUUUUAUUUAUGGUUGUUUGAUAAAUUAUGAUUAUGCUUAAUGAACAAUUACUGUUUGCUCUUAUUAUGAUUUUUUUAAUCCUUUUAAUGAUAAAAUCAUCACAUGGCAAUACAAUACAAUGAGUGUUACACUCAUUGUAUGUUUCCGGUGAUGAUUUUUAUCAUUAAAAGCCUCAAAAAAAUCAUAAUAAGAGCAAACAGAAUUGUAAGAAAUUCAUUUUACACGUAUUUGAUUUUACUUAUUUAAACCGUAUUAUAAUCAUUCUAAAAAUAAAGACACGGCC